AUGGCCGGCAGUCUGACCCACCAAGGCUCCCCGAACCCGGGCUACAGCUCCAACAACGCCGUCCCGGUGCCGGCCAUCACCCAGACGGACUCCAGGGACAAAUGGAGCAAAAAGAUGGAUUUUCUCUUGUCGGUCAUUGGCUUUGCGGUGGACCUGGGGAAUGUUUGGAGGUUUCCGUACAUAUGUUACCAAAACGGAGGCGGUGCUUUCCUUAUCCCCUACAUAUUGAUGGCCAUCUUCGGUGGCGUGCCGCUCUUUUACAUGGAGCUGGCACUGGGACAGUUCCACAGAACCGGAGCCAUAUCCAUAUGGAAACACAUCUGUCCCAUUUUCAAAGGGCUAGGAUAUGCCAUAUGUAUCAUCGCUCUGUACGUGUCCUUCUACUACAACACCAUCAUCGCCUGGGCCCUCUUCUACUUCUACUCCUCCUUCUCCAGCAUCCUGCCCUGGACAAACUGUGACAACGUGUGGAACACCCCCAACUGCACCAACUACUUUGGCAGGGACAACGUCACCUGGACGGAUUCCUCCAGAUCUCCAGCAGAGGAAUUUUACACGAGAAAUGUUCUGGAGAUCCACAAGUCGUCGGGGCUGAGGGAUGUCGGGGGCGUUCGCUGGCAGCUGAUGCUCUGCCUUUUCCUCAUUUUCACUAUAGUGUAUUUCAGCCUCUGGAAAGGCGUGAAGACUUCAGGGAAGGUAGUGUGGGUGACCGCCACCUUGCCCUACAUUGUGCUUUUCAUCCUGCUCAUUCGAGGCGCCACUCUGCCGGGAGCCUGGAGAGGUGUGGUGUUUUACCUCAAACCUCAGUGGGACAAGCUGCUGGAGACCAGUGUUUGGGUGGAUGCUGCUGCUCAGAUCUUCUUCUCUCUGGGGCCGGGGUUCGGGGUCCUCCUGGCUCUCUCCAGCUACAACCCCUUCACUAAUAACUGCUAUCGUGACGCCAUCGUGACCAGCUUGGUAAACUGUCUGACCAGCUUCGUGUCGGGGUUCGUAAUCUUCACGGUGCUCGGCUACAUGGCGGAGAUGAGGAAGGUCGAGGUUGAGGAUGUAGCCAGGGAUAAAGGACCGAGUUUACUCUUCAUCACCUACCCAGAGGCCAUCGCGAACAUGAUGGGCUCCACCUUCUUUGCAAUCAUCUUUUUUGUGAUGAUGAUCACGCUGGGUCUGGACAGCACGUUUGGGGGGCUGGAGGCGAUCAUCACCGCUGUGUUGGAUGAAUACCCCGAUCAUUUCUCUCACAGACGGGAACUUUUUGUUCUGGGCUUGGUGGUUGUCUGUUUUUUGGGCUCUCUAAGCACCCUUACAAACGGUGGAGCCUAUGUGGUGAAGCUGCUGGAGGAAUUCGGAGUAGGAAGCUCCAUUAUUGCAGUGGGUUUCCUUGAGGCCAUUGCAGUUUCUUGGUUCUAUGGUAUCAAAAGAUUUAGCAAUGACGUUCAGGCCAUGCUGGGCAAAGCUCCAGGGAUGUUCUGGAAAGUGUGCUGGGUUGCCAUCAGUCCAGCAUUUCUGGCGUAUAUCAUCGUGAGCUCCAUGCUGAAAGCGCCGCCCCUCACGCUGUUUGAUUAUAAGUAUCCGGAUUGGAGCAUCACAGUCGGGUACAUCAUCGGCUUCUCGUCCUUCAUGUGGAUCCCCAUCUACAUGGUCUACAAGCUGGUGUGGACCCCUGGUUCUCUGAAACAGAGGUUGGCGGUGUGUCUGAGACCAGAGAGGACCAUCCCAGACAUCCACGCCGACAACCUCAACAUGGCUACAGUGCCAUAG